ACCUCAUCCAUCUGAUCAAUUGGGCAAACAUUUGAUAACAUUUAAACGAGGAUCAGUGGAGAAGCUAAUUAGCAGCUGGAAUGUUGUUCUGUACCAGUUUCCACAUUAUGACAGCAGAUGCACGUCAAACAAUUCUCUUGUUAAAAGAAAGACUGAUUUUCCUUUUGUAUUGUUUGAACAAGCCUGUGUAUGAAACAGAACAAGAACCAUGCAGUAUGUAUAAGGAUCUUGAAGUUUUGUUCAGGGAUCUUCUACUUCAACCCAAACUGGAUCUGGUGCCACAAACUGAUUCUCCGUCUGUUGACCUACACAAGUCUAUUGUAAAAUUCAGUGAGAGUUACAUUUCUUUUGAGAACUACGUACAUGUUAUGUGCAACUUCCUUGGAAUAGUUCCGAAGGUGCGUGAUCGUUUCAAGGCAUUGGAUGAUUUAUUUAAAUAUCACUUCUCCUACAAAGUUUGGAUUGGAAAAUUUCUUGAGAACAAACAUUUAAAAUUUUUAAAGACAUUUAAUGAGCAUCAAGAUCUAGCACUCAGUUUGAGUAAAAUAGGUUACACUGAAGAAAGAUCAAAAUACAUCGGCGGCUUGGUGCAUGAAGACUUGUGCCACCUGCACUCACCUUUGUUCUGGGCAUUGCGGUACUUGCACUACUCAUUUUACUAUGACAGUCUUCUGUUGUGUGUACCAAAGUUCCUAUUCCAAUCUGAUAAAAUAAACGAAUGGUUUGAUCAGUAUUGUGACCAUGAUGAUGACGACAACAGCUGUAAGAUGGUAAAAAUGAUCAAUUUGACAACAGUGGACUCUGAAAAAGAAAAAGUUCUUCCAUUACUUCUUGAUUCAGAUGACUAUGUUCACCUUUAUCAUGGAACUACCUAUGAGAGUUGUAUAGACUUGAUCAGAAAUGGAAUUAUAUUGGGCUCUGGUAGUGCUAAACAAGAUUUCUCCAGCUGGAAAGGGUUUUACUUGUCUGAAGACCUGGAGGAUGCCAAGAGAUGGGGAAGUGCUGGGCGUGGGGACAGUUAUGCUGUUUUAGUUUAUAAAGUGAGACGAGACUUUGUGGAUGCUGAAAAACAACAUGGACUAGAUUUAACUGAGUAUGAUCAAUGGAAUAGUGUCGUAAAGUAUUUUAGGAGUGGCUGUGAGAUUGAAUUAUAUCCUUCAGUACCCUUGGAAAAUGUUUCUUUCAUUCGAGGUCCUACAGCUACUGGUCAAGCUUUCUUAGAUAGUCAUCUUGGACGAGACUUUAAUAUGGGAGACUCUAUCCAGAUAUGCAUCAGAGAUCAAACAUUUGCCGAAAAAUUUGGAGACAUUGAAAAUGUAUUUUGUGUGCUUUUCUACUGAAUAUGAUUUAACAGCUUCCAUUAAAUUGUAAAAGUAAAAUUUAUCUCAGUUUUCACACUAUCUGUGUUACAUAGUAAAAUCUAUCUCAUAUUUUUUUUACUUUCUGUUUUACUGUAUAAGAUGUUCCCCACUUUGUUUGCGUUUUGUAUUACCUGGUACAUUGUAAAUUCACAUUUUUUAUACUUUAAGUAUUAUAAUUUAUUUUCAGUACUGAACUAAUUACAGUGUAAAAUUUCCCCACAUUAUUAACUUUUGUAUUACAUUGUAAGGUCCACGUCACACUUUUUCUGUAUUGUAAAACCUACCUCACUAUAAAAACUAAGUCUUUGAAAAAAUUUGAAUAAUAAAAAAUCUAGAUAGUCUGCAUGUUUGCUGACAUAAUUCAUCAUACCAUGAAUUGCACCACGGUUAUCUCCCCUCUUUCCAAACAACAUGAUUAUAAUUACAG